UAAUAAAGCUCCAUAAACAUUUUAUUUUGCAAUGACUACAUAUCCUUAUAAUAUUCUCAAUAUAAUUCUCAAGUAUGUAUAUAAAAAGUAUAUAUUUUAAUAUUAUAAUUCAUUAAUUUAAUAUUAAGAUUCAUCAAUGUAUUCAUACAUUUACAAAAUAUCUAUAUACGUAAAUUAAUUAACUUACUAUACUAUCUACUGUAAAAACAACAGUCCCUGCUUUGUCAUUAUCUUCAUCAUCAUGUACUUCAUUUUGUUCUUCAUCCGAGGUAGAAAAAUCAGAUUCUUGUUCAUUUUGUAGACGAUAAGUCCCUAUGUUUUCAGGUGGAGGACCAAUGUUAUGUACACCAAAGUGUUCAGCUAGUCUUUCAGCUGCGUAUUUAGCUUGUAUCUUCUAAAAAAUUUUAUCAGCUUGUUCUUUUUGUAACUCUAGAGAUUCGUUUAAAUUAAUAAUUUUUGCAGCACCAUGAAUUAUAAGAGGUGGUGUUGCUGCUGUAACUUCCCAAUUUUUAUUUUGCUUUCUUUGUUUUUCUUUUUUUGGAUCAUGUAUAUUAGUCUUAGUUGUUUUAUAUGGCUUAAAUGGUUCUUUCUUUUCAAUCUUAUUUUCUGAAGAGUUUUCUACUUUAUUAACAAUGUAUGCAAUAUGGUCAGAAGCUUUUAUUUUAAAAGAUUCUAUUUCUGCUAAAUCUUCUGGCUUAAUUAAACUUUCCUCUGGUGGUAAAUGUACAAUUUUCUUUUUAUGAACACCAUAUCCUGUAGGUUGAGCCAGUAUUUUUAAAGGAUCUUCUUCAUCAUCACUAUCAAGUUCAACAACUUUGACAGUAUCUCUGAUUUCGGUAUAUUUGCCUGUCCAUUCUAAUUCAUUCAUAGCAGCUUUACCUUCAGAUGCUAAAUUUAAUCUUGACAAAAGAUUGGUUGCAUUUUCAACUUCAUUUUUAUGUUCUAGUUCUUUUAAUAUUUUGUCACGAAAAGAUUUGAUUUUUUUUCCUUUGUCUGGCAGCUUCAAUAUAAAUAUUCUACUUAUUACUAAGGAUUUUAUUUUGUCUUUCUAAUAAUUCCUCUAGUUCAAACUUCUGUUUGCUUCCUAAAUUUUCUAUAUAUCCUUGAUUUUCUCUUCUGGAAGGAGAUGGUAGAUCACCUGGUACUUUAUUAAUUAUUUUUUUCUGAGACAUUCCUUUUGAAUUAUUUUUGAAACUUUUAUAAAUUAUAAAAUUUGAAAUAUUUAGAAAUUAUUUCAUUAACCUUUGUACAAAUAAUAUUUCAAGUAUCAUUGAAAUAUAAUACUUUUAAGAGAAACAAACAUUGCAUAUUUCAGUUUAUGUUAAAUUAUAAUUAUUUUACUUCAAUAAUUAUAAAUUAAUCCAAUAAUUAUUAUUAUACAAAAUUACGUAUACCAACCAAGAAUUAAACAACACAGUUUCACUGAAUGGAAGAUUGCAACAAACAACACAUUCAAUACGAGAUAUCGAGAGCUUCAAACUAUCGAUAUUACAGGACAUGUUAAACGAAGAUCUCAAUUCCAACCUCAAUGGAAUUUAUCAGGAAAAUUUAAAUAAAAUGUUUGAUUUAUUAUACUAUGUUGAAUCUUUAUCCAUUUGUGACGAAUAAAGCUAUCAUCCCGAGCUUAAUAUAGAGAGAAUAUUAAAAUAUUGAAUAUUUUAUUUCAAGAUAAACUGAAAAAUAAUUUUUCUAUAAAGUAAUCAAAGUGACGUAAAGUUAAUGUAAUGAUUAAAAGCAAGUUCGCGAAGCAACUGCCAAUCUUUAGAAAUGAAUUGCAAUGGGGGGUCGUCUUUGGGUGGUGAACAUAGAUCAAAUACCUUUAUGGAUAUUAAACCAAUUAUCACAUGCAGGAGAUGAAAAAUUAUUUUCUACAUUGGAAAACAGUUUGCUUCAAGCCAUAUCUGCCGAUAUGGUGGAAUGGCGUAGAUCAUUUAGUAGACCAAUUAAACAAGUCAAACUUGGAGCAACAUUUUUGCCAUUUUCUAAGGAUGUUCUACCAACUGAGAAAGAUUGGCACUUGAUAAAGCAACCAAUAUUUCAUAUCUAUUGGACUGAAUGUUCUGAUGUAGAUACUUAUAAAGCAAGUAUUAGAGAAGACAUAGAUAACUGGUUGAAGAUAUUAACACAGUAUCAUAUUCAAGAUUGGAUGAUUGUUAUAGUAGAAACUUAUGAUAUAAAAAAAACUAAUAAGUUAUUGCCUAGGACAACGGUUUUAGAUAAAAUUCGCAGUGACUUUGCUGCUAAAAAUGGUGAUAGAUGUUGUUCUGUAAUAAAUCCGAUAAAGUCGGAGAUGCGCUCAGCUGAAUCAUGGAGAAGUUUAGUUAAUCGUAUACGUUAUUUAAUGCUUGUUGCAUAUGAUAAAAGACUAUCUCACUUUGAAGAUAUUAUUAGAGAACAAAGAGAAAAUAGAAAUCAUCCAAAUUGGAAUUUCUGUCACUAUUUCCUACUGCAGGAAGAACUUGCAUUUGUUUUACAAAUGUUAGGAUUAUAUGAUGAAGCAUUAGUACAAUAUGAUGAAUUAGAUGCUCUCUUUACACAGUUUGUGCUUAAUUCAAAUGUAGGAGAUACACCAAUCUGGUUAAAUUUAUUUCAAACCCCAUUAAAUAACUGGGGUGGUGUUAAUUUAAGUAAUGGUACAAAUCAUCAUUUAAGAAACCUUCUGGCUGAAUGUAAAGCAUCACUAUUAGAUCUUAGAAGUUAUUUAUUUAGUAGACAAUGUGCCAUGUUACUAUCACUUAACAAACCAUGGGAGGUUGCGCAAAGGUGCUUAUCAUUUGUUCAUAAUACAUUAAGUGAAUUACGUAUAUUAGAAGUUCAACGACCUGAAGGAUCCAUUGAAUGUUGGUCUUUUCUUUGUGCGUUAGAAGUACUUCAAGCUUGUCAAUUAUCAUCUUAUAAUAUUGAUAAUAAUCAACAACUAGAUCUUUGCUCCUUACAUACUGCAAGUUUAUGGGCUCUGGCUAGAGAUAAAUUGGGAAAUUUAGGAAAAUUAUGUGGUUUAAUGCCUGGAAAUGAACCAUCUAGUGAACAAUUACAUACAGUUGUUUAUCUGAUAGCUGGUAUGGGAGAUUCUGAAUCACAGAUAGAAGGAAAAUUAACACCUACUGAUAAAUUAAAAGAAGCACUUUCGUCGAAAGAGGCAUUUAAGAAACAAUAUCUUGAACAUGCAGAAUUAGCUAUGGGUACUUAUAAACAUGUAGGCCGAAUUCGAUCAGCUCGAUUAAUUGGGAAAGAAUUAGCACAAUUUUAUAGUGAACUUGGAGAAAAUCAAAAAGCUGUUGCAUUUUUAUCGGACGCCUUAAAAACGUACACUGACGAAGGUUGGAGGCACUUAGCAGCACAAACUCAGCUCGAAUUGGCUCAGUGCUACAAAAGAAUGGACGAUGUUGAGAAAUACACAAAAGUAUGUGCUGCUAUUGCUAGUUUGGAUGUAUUACAUAUUACUGUUCGUAAUACUUAUUUUGAAGAAAUGUUUGGUUAUAUGAAAAUGAUCUCAUCACCACAACCCUUACUCGUAGAACUUGGAUGUGCUUUCGUAGUACUCAGUAUGGAAGUUAAAGUGAUGGAUAAGGUAGUACAAGACUGUGUGGUUAAUAUCGAAAUAUAUAUACAAAGUUUAUUUCCUAGAGAAGUAAAAUGUACUAAAGCGUCUAUAUCUGUUGAAGAAAUUCAGAAACCUUUAUCAUCUAAUAAAAAAAAAGGUUCAAGGUUACCACCUGAACCAUUAAUUCCACUAUUAUCGAGAUGUACUCUAGAAGAUAUGAAACCAUUUGAUCCAAGUUUACUUCAAUUACAAGUAUAUUCAUAUUUAGAUUAUAAAGAAGAUAAAAGCCUCGGAUCAGCUAGUGUCUUACACAGAAAUACUAAGCCUAUUGUAAAACGUUCUGACAGUACAAAACAUAGGAAACCAUCAGUAAAUGCAAAAGGUGAUUUUAGCAAAGCAUUAUCGUGUGAUGAAUUUAUUAUGAAACCAGGUAUGAACACGUUUACAUUAAUUAGGUGUAUUGAUCAGCCUGGUUUUUAUAAAGUUGGUCAAAUAUCAUUAAUAAUUGAGGAAAAAUUGGAAUUUUUGUCACCUAUUUUAAAUCCUCGGUUAUGUUACGAAGUAGCUAAGACUCAGCCUACAAUUUCUAUGAAAUGUGGUCGAGACUUACUAGCUGGCCUUGUUCAAGACAUAGAAUUAGUGAUUAUGAGUGGAAGUAUAAAAAUAACAAAGGAAAUGAAACUUAAAUUACGUACAUCUAGAGGAUUAAUAAUACAAAUUGAUGGUUCACAAGAAACAAUGUCUAAAGAAUUAGAAAUAUCACUGCCACUUUGUGAACCAUUUCAAACAAUACGAUUAAAGUUCAAAGUUUUAGCUGAACUACCACCAAAGAAAGAUUCUUUAUCAAUGGAACAUAAGUUGAAUAUACAGUGUCCAUGGGCUACAGAGGAAAGCAUACCUCUACAUUUUGGUCCACCACUUAUGUCAAAUAUGAAACUCCAUACAGCAAAACAAAGGAAAUUUCUCCAAAUAAUUGUAACGGGAUUAACAAAUCAACAUUUGCAAUUAAUUGAGCCAGAAUUAACAACAGUAACAUCAAUAGAUGUUAAUUUUAAAAGUUUAAAUCCUAUUGCUGGUCAGAGAUUAGUAAUAGGUAAUGGAAUAAAUGUAUCAUUUAUGUGGGAGCUUGAAAUUGGUAAAGAUGAGAAGUCUUUGAUGCCAAUAAAGACUGAUUUUCGUGUAAAAUAUAUACCAAUUAAUGAUACUGAAGAUCAGAAUGAUUUAAAUAGCAAUGACGAUCCUUUGCAAAUUUAUAAUUUACAAAGAAUGGAAAAAGCAUCUAGUCUUUAUAGAUGCAAUUUUGAUAUUACAGAUUAUGUGACUUUAUUUACAGUGUCUUCAAAAGUUGAAGCUGCUGGAAAUGGAGGUGAAUUUUGUCGUGCUGGUAGUAUGUGCCAUCUUUAUCUUACAGUAACACGUAUGUUACCUAGUCCAAAUCCAAAUCCUUCACCACAAUUAAUGUACGAGGUUCUUGCUGAUCAAACUAUGUGGGCUGUAUGUGGUCGUACUGCUGGUAUUGUGUCUUUGGAAGUUUUAGAAAAACAAAGCGUCACAUUGGACGUGAUGCCAUUAACCAGUGGUUAUUUGCCCCUUCCUGUUGUUAGAUUGUCUCGUUAUAUCCCAGCACCAGAAUCCAAAAGUGAUAUGAUUCGUAAAAGUGAAAUAGCUUCUAGUUCAAGACUAGAACCAUUCAGUCCUGGCCAAGUUUAUAAUGCUAGUAAAGCACAGCAAGUUCAUGUUCUACCAGCAGCACCUUCAGAAGCGAACUAAGUGCAGAUAUUGAUAUUAAAAAUGUAAAAAUACUAUAGCAUUGUAAAAUGCAAAUUGUACAUUGAUCAAGACAAUUUCUACAUUGUUUGGUAUAUUUCUACGAGACUAUUUACGUAUACAUAUAACAUUAUUAUUAUUAAUUUAUCAAUCAUCAUUAUACUAGUUUGUUUAUAUUUUUAUAUUUUUUAAUUGAAAUUUGGAUUCUGGACAAAUAAAAUUUAUAUAUAUUGUUCAAAAUUUAUUUGUUCAAAAAACAAAUUUCAAUAUGCAGCAUUGUUUAUUUUUAUUAAUAAUAAGUAAUUACAAAUUUAAGUUUUGCCAUUAUUACAAGCAAGGAAAUAAUAUGACAAUAUUUCAGCAGUAGGUAAAAUUCAGAAAUUUCAUAGUUGAAAAAUACUGCUACAAUAUAAUGUUUCUUUUGUGCAGUAAUGUGAUUUGUAUUCUAGUGACCUUAUUGAACAAUAUUCAUUUUUUGAUAUUGUAUAGUCCACAUGUAAAAUUCAAUCAACAUAUUUGUCUGUUUGAUCUACUCUGAGUGAAAUAAGUUGUAAAAAUUUGUUAUUUUUAUUUUAAAGUAUAUACUUAUAAUUUUUCCAUCAUGCACCUAUAAUAAUAAUAGUUUCUUUAAAUUGUUUCUUAUAUUCCAAAUAUUUAAUUUUUUACAUAAUUCUAUGUGCUAGAUUUAUGAUAAUAUUUGUGAUAAUUUCAUUCAAUUUUGAAAUUCUUACAGAUUAUGUUAUUUUUUAAUUCUAAAGUAAUCGAAUAUUUAAUUUUUUUGUUAAAUGCAAUUCUGUAAAAUUUGUACAAAAGUUUCUCCAGAAUAUACUCACAAUAUUGAAUAAGUAUUAGAAAUUAUAUAGUUUGUGCAAUACAAACAAUACAAAAGCAUCACAAGAAGUAAUUAACAUCUUAAGGCUAAAGCUGUGUUCUGUAUCUAAUUCUAAUAUUUGUGAAAAAUGUAAGUAUAUGUAAGUAUAUAAAAGGAACAAGAUAUAUAUGUUAUUUAUAUUACAUUUACUUUUUAAUUUCAUUAUUCAAAAUAUGAAUAUUGCAAAAAGUAUCAUUAUAUUGCCAUGUUAAUUAAGAAAUCAUCCUUUAAUUUAAUAUAAUCAUUCAUUGUGUAAAUAAGAUUAUUAUAAUACUCAAUAUGAUAUUUAUAUGUUAGAAAAUAUCAGAAUUUCAC